ACAAAGUCAAUUGUUUUCUUCGAAGAUAAGAACUUCCAAGGCAGAAGCCAUGAGUGCAGCACUGACAUUCCAGACCUGAGCUCUUACUUGAGUCAGUGCAAUUCCAUCAAGGUGGAGAGUGGCUGCUGGGUGCUCUAUGAAUGUCCCAACUACACCGGCCACCAGUACAUCCUAAAUUCUGGGGAGUACCCCGACCAUCAGCACUGGUUGGGAUUCAACGACAGCAUCAAGUCAUGUCGCUCUAUCAAAAAUGUGUACGGAAAGUCCUGGAAGAUCAAAUUUUAUGACAAGCAGGAUUUCGGUGGACAGUCGGCAGAGUGCAGUGAGGAUUGUCCGUCAAUUUACGAAGCCUUCAAGUUCUGGGAGUUUCGCUCCUGUGUGGUGAUAGAUGGUGCGUGGGUCCUCUACGAACGGCCCGAUUACCGUGGGCGCCUGUACUUCCUGGAACGUGGCGAGUACCCCAACUACACAGACUGGGGUGCCCACUACCCCUCAGCUGGAUCCUUCCGCAUGAUCACAGAGUUCUAG